AAGAAGAAGAAGAAGAAGAAGAAGAAGAAGAAGAAGAAGAAGAAGAAACUAAAACAAAAAAACAACCGCCACCCCAGUAGAACAUAUUUGCCACCACCAAGUGACUGCAGAACCUAGCCGGUACCAAAAAAAGAUUUGAAUCCGGAACUUAUUGUACAGUACUUGUUGUAGUGGGGAGCUAUUUGACGCCCUUAAGUAUUUCCGGAAAUAACACAUGCAAGGGUAAUCUUUACAUAACCUUUGUCAUUAAAAUUCUACACAUAUUGGAGUGACAACAUACCUGCACUCAAGCAUGAAUGUGAACCAGGGACAGUGGGUAGCGACCCGUUGAUUCUGGCUACCGCUGGAUAUGACCACACAGUGCGGUUCUGGCAGGCCCACAGCAGCAUCUGCACCAGGACAGUCCAGCACCAAGACUCUUGAACUCCCUCGAAGUUACUCCCGACAGAAGUAUGAUUGCAGCUGCAGGUUAUCAACACAUCCGUAUGUGUGAUCUAAACUCCAAUAACCCAACCCCGGUCAUAAACUAUGACGGCGUCAGUGGACUUCCAUGAGGACGAUCCCUGGAUGUACACAGGAGGAGAGGACUGCAUGGCUCGCAUCUGGGACCUGGGGUCAAGGAACCUGCAAUGCCAGAGGAUCUUUCAGGUCAAUGCUCCCAUAAACUGUGUGUGUGUCUUCAUCCCAACCAGGCUGACUUGAUCGUGGGGGACCAGAGCGGUGUGAUCCAUAUCUGGGAUCUGAAGACCGAUCACAAUGAGCAGCUUAUUCCUGAACCAGAAGUGUCCAUCAACUCAGUCCACAUCGACCCUGACGCCACCUACAUGGCAGCAGUCAAUGGCUCGGGAAACUGUUAGGUGUGGAACCUGGCAGGAGGGAUGGGUGACGAGGUGACACAGCUCACCCCAAAAACCAAGAUCCCCGCUAAUAAGCACUACUCCGUCCGCUGCAAAUUCAGCCCUGAUUCUACGCUGCUGGCAACCUGCUCGGCAGACCAGACGUGUAAGAGGAGGAUGUCUAACGAUCAUUACUAAAUGAGUUGUGUAUUGACACUUUAUCUAGCUCUGUUCCUGGAAAUCUACCAUCCUGGAGGUUUUCACUCCAACCCUAAUCUAGCGCAUCUGAUUAUAAUUAUUAGCUAGUUGAUAAACUUAAUCAGAUUAGUUACAACUGGGGUUUGAGCAAAAACGUACAGGAAGGUAGCUCUUCAGGGACAGGGUUGAAGUGAAAACGUACAGGAGGGUAGCUCUCCAGGGACAGGGUUGAAGUGAAAACGUACAGGAGGGUAGCUCUCCAGGGACAGUGUUGAAGUGAAAAUGUACCGGAGGGUAGCUCUAGGGAAAGGGUUGAAGUGAAAACGUAGAGGAGGGUAGCUCUCUAGGGACAGGGUUGAAGUGAAAAUGUACAGGAGGGUAGCUCUAGGGAAAGGGUUGAAGUGAAAAUGUACAGGAGGGUAGCUCUUCAGGGACAGGGUUGAAGUGAAAAUGUACAGGAGGGUAGCUCUCCAGGGACAGGGUUGAAGUGAAAACCUACAGGGUAGCUCACUAGGGACAGGGUUGAAGUGAAAACCUACAGGGUAGCUCUCUGGGGACAGGUUUGAAGUGAAAACCUACAGGGUAGCUCACUAGGGACAGGGUUGGAGAGAACUGAACUAGAGUAAAUGAUUGUUUUGCGGUUGAAAGUGACUGACUUCCAUCCUAGUGUGGCUAGAUUGACUUAACUGACUUUGGGCAGUUCUGACGUAACGAUCAAUAAAUGUGUGAUGCAUGUGUUACAGCCUCUUCUGACAACCUGGCACGGCAGUGGUGUGUGGAGACCAGGGAGAUUAAGAGGGAGUACAGCAGAGUACAUCAGAAGGCUGUGGUGUGUCUGGGCUGAUGAGGAGCUACUCUAUAGCGAACCUCUGUGACUGUAGAUAAAUAUCCACACAGCUGUUUGUCUCACAGCGAAGCUCUUUGACUGUAGAUAAAUAUCCACCUGUCUAUGUCUCUCACAGCUUCUGCUUGCACAAUAGUUUAUUUAUGAGGGGAGAGGCUCUUUAUAUUUGUCAAAAGGUCUACAUUGAAACAGCCUGGGGAUACAGGGAGAGUGUGUCAUGGCCUUGUUUGUCUUAUAGCUUGGGCAAGGAGUUUUGUGAUGGGCCACAGCUAGAUGAAUGUAUUUAAAUUCACUAACUUAAUCAAAGGUGAAAGGUCUCAAAAGUUAAGUCUUUAAAAAAUCUGAUGGAUAUCUGGAAAGAGGACUGCAUCCCACACGUGACUGUACAGGAUAUAACAGGGCUGCAUCCAACCAGUGACUGUCCAGGAUAUAACAGGGCUGCAUCCCACCAGUGACUGUCCAGGAUAUAACAGGGCUGCAUCCCACCAGUGACUGUACAGGAUAUAACAGGGCUGCAUCCCACCAGUGACUGUCCAGGAUAUAACAGGGCUGCAUCCCACCAGUGACUGUCCAGGAUAUAACAGGGCUGCAUCCCACCAGUGACUGUCCAGGAUAUAACAGGGCUGCAUCCCACCAGUGACUGUUCAGGAUAUAACAGGGCUGCAUCCCACCAGUGACUGUCCAGGAUAUAACAGGGCUGCAUCCCACCAGUGACUGUCCAGGAUAUAACAGGGCUGCAUCCCACCAGUGACUGUCCAGGAUAUAACAGGGCUGCAUCCCACCAGUGACUGUCCAGGAUAUAACAGGGCUGCAUCCCACCAGUGACUGUCCAGGAUAUAACAGGGCUGCAUCCCACCAGUGACUGUCCAGGAUAUAACAGGGCUGCAUCCCACCAGUGACUGUUCAGGAUAUAACAGGGCUGCAUCCCACCAGUGACUGUCCAGGAUAUAACAGGGCUGCAUCCCACCAGUGACUGUCCAGGAUAUAACAGGGCUGCAUCCCACCAGUGACUGUCCAGGAUAUAACAGGGCUGCAUCCCACCAGUGACUGUCCAGGAUAUAACAGGGCUGCAUCCCACCAGUGACUGUCCAGGAUAUAACAGGGCUGCAUCCCACCAGUGACUGUCCAGGAUAUAACAGGGCUGCAUCCCACCAGUGACUGUCCAGGAUAUAACAGGGCUGCAUCCCACCAGUGACUGUCCAGGAUAUAACAGGGCUGCAUCCCACCAGUGACUGUCCAGGAUAUAACAGGGCUGCAUCCCACCAGUGACUGUCCAGGAUAUAACAGGGCUGCAUCCCACCAGUGACUGUCCAGGAUAUAACAGGGCUGCAUCCCACCAGUGACUGUACAGGAUAUAACAGGGCUGCAUCCCACCAGUGACUACAGGAUAUAACAGGGCUGCAUCCCACCAGUGACUACAGGAUAUAACAGGGCUGCAUCCCACCAGUGACUGUUCAGGAUAUAAGAGGGCUGCAUCCCACCAGUGACUGUCCAGGAUAUAACAGGGCUGCAUCCCACCAGUGACUACAUGAUAUAACAGGGCUGCAUCCCACCAGUGACUGUUCAGGAUAUAAGAGGGCUGCAUCCCAUGUGUGAUCGUACGGGAUAUGAUGAAUUCCAGUAACAAGACUAACUGGUGUGCAACAUUUACUCUGUGGUGCUUUUGUCUUGACACUCACACUUGACACACACUUUUUAGUGAGAAGUGUUAGCAUCUUUCCAUUUUCUUUCUUUUUAGUACCCUAAAAAAGAGAAUCUAUACACAACUUGGUUUAUUGAAGGGAUCAAGUCAUUUUAAGACAUUCCUGCAAACAGGAAUGGUUACACACAUGAUGACUCAUCUGCUGUGGGUUACAGUACAGGAAAUAACAAGAACAAAAAGAACGGACAACUCUGCCACAAGGGAACGUAUUAAACAUUAAGGAAAGGUGACGAGGGUAGUCUGCAGAUAAACUUCACAGCUUGUUACCGUCGCUUAUCUCUCAGAAGGGAAAGGACUGGAGCGGAGGCAUAGGAGGGACUAAGGUGGCAGGGGCUGCAGUAUUGAGAGUGAAAGCCAGCUCCUGUUCCCCGGUUGUAUUCAGUGUUUUUUGGAGCCGGCGACACUCCGGUUUCUUAGCGGGGAUGAGAAGUAGCACUUUGUUUCCCUGAUAAGCGCUGGUAUGUGCUGCCUGAGACUGGAUGAUGGCAGGUCACUCCGGCAGGGAGUAGAAGCAGACAGACACACAGAUGUUACUAGGGAAGCAGAUGUCUAUGCAGAAGUAGACUAAACGCUGUUUACCUGGACCUUCACAGAGCGAGAGAGAGAAGGUCUGUUACUUAACAGGCAGUUUGGUAGAAAAGACCAACAAAACCUCAAAGUAUGCAAGUCAUAACUACUGCCUGCUAAUGGAACCGUAUCUCCAUUGAGUUUUACUCACUUGGUGAUUCAGAGUGGCAAAUUCAUCCUCUCAAAUAGUUGGCUAUCAGUGCUCUCUGCUACAGAGAGAGUUAGAUACUGUAUUGGUCAUCUACCUGCUGUAGUUAGGUAGCAGUGAGUUUAGCCUAAAGGUUGUUCUUCUUAUUUACUGCUGUGACUUUGUAAAGGUCACACAGCACUGUUUUUCAGGAUUAUGUUUCUCACGCUGUUCUGGAAAGAUCUGCCAGCACAGACAGGGAGCAAGGAGCUGCUCUAUUCUGGAAACAUCUGCCAGCACACAGACAGGGAGCUGCUCUAUUCUGGAAACAUCUGCCAGCACACAGACAGGGAGCUGCUCUAUUCUGGAAACAUCUGCCAGCACGCAGACAGGGAGCAAGGAGCUGCUCUAUUCUGGAAACAUCUGCCAGCACACAGACAGGGAGCUGCUCUAUUCUGGAAACAUCUGCCAGCACACAGACAGGGAGCUGCUCUAUUCUGGAAACAACUGCCAGCACGCAGACAGGGAGCUGCUCUAUUCUGGAAACAUCUGCCAGCACGCAGACAGGGAGCUGCUCUAUUCUGGAAACAACUGCCAGAACGCAGACAGGGAGCUGCUCUAUUCUGGAAACAUCUGCCAGCACGCAGACAGGGAGCUGCUCUAUUCUGGAAACAUCUGCCAGCACGCAGACAGGGAGCUGCUCUAUUCUGGAAACAUCUGCCAGCACGCAGACAGGGAGCUGCUCUAUUCUGGAAACAUCUGCCAGCACGCAGACAGGGAGCUGCUCUAUUCUGGAAACAUCUGCCAGCACGCAGACAGGGAGCUGCUCUAUUCUGGAAACAACUGCCAGAACGCAGACAGGGAGCUGCUCUAUUCUGGAAACAUCUGCCAGCACGCAGACAGGGAGCUGCUCUAUUCUGGAAACAUCUGCCAGCACGCAGACAGGGAGCUGCUCUAUUCUGGAAACAUCUGCCAGCACGCAGACAGGGAGCUGCUCUAUUCUGGAAACAUCUGCCAGCACGCAGACAGGGAGCUGCUCUAUUCUGGAAACAACUGCCAGCACGCAGACAGGGAGCUGCUCUAUUCUGGAAACAUCUGCCAGCACGCAGACAGGGAGCUGCUCUAUUCUGGAAACAUCUGCCAGCACACAGACAGGGAGCUGCUCUAUUCUGGAAACAUCUGCCAGCACGCAGACAGGGAGCUGCUCUAUUCUGGAAACAACUGCCAGCACGCAGACAGGGAGCUGCUCUAUUCUGGAAACAUCUGCCAGCACGCAGACAGGGAGCUGCUCUAUUCUGGAAACAUCUGCCAGCACGCAGACAGGGAGCUGCUCUAUUCUGGAAACAUCUGCCAGCACGCAGACAGGGAGCUGCUCUAUUCUGGAAACAACUGCCAGCACGCAGACAGGGAGCUGCUCUAUUCUGGAAACAUCUGCCAGCACACAGACAGGGAGCUGCUCUAUUCUGGAAACAUCUGCCAGCACACAGACAGGGAGCUGCUCUAUUCUGGAAACAUCUGCCAGCACGCAGACAGGGAGCUGCUCUAUUCUGGAAACAACUGCCAGCACACAGACGGGGAGCAAGGAACUUGUUUAACAAAAGGGCUCAGGUCUUUGCUUUGUAUGACUAUUGACUUCUCAGAAUUGAAUAUAACAUUUGACACGCUUUAAAAUAAAAUGCUUCACAGUUUCAUCUUUAA